AUGACGCCCACCAAGUUUGCGAUUCCCGUUCCGUCAGAAGACCCAAAGAAGAAGAAGGAAGAAGAGAAAGCGGAGAACGGCGAUGCCUCCGCUGCUAAGAAACCGAAGGAGGAGGAGAAAGAUGGCGAGGACCUAUCUGAAGAGGACCUCCAGCUGAAGAACGAGCUGGAGAUGCUUAUUGAACGCCUUCGGGAACCCAAUACCGCGCUGUACCAACCCGCUCUGGAAACUCUGAGGACGCUGAUCAGAACAUCUACGUCCUCCAUGACCUCCGUACCUAAGCCGCUAAAGUUCCUGCACCCCCAUUACCCUGCACUGCAGGAGCUGUACGAAACAUGGCCAUCAUCAGUGGACAAGAGCCUCUUCGCGGAUAUUCUCUCGGUUCUCGCUAUGACAUACUCCGACACACAACCUCGCGGCACCCUUCGCUACCGUCUGCUAUCCGCUUCCCUCCGCCCGGCCUCCGCGCCACUUGCGGAACCUGGAUCAUGGGGCCACGAAUACGUGCGCCAUCUUGCCGCAGAACUUGGCGAGGAAUACAACUCGCGCGAGUUCGACGAAGAGGGCGUGGAGAAAGCGUCCGAGGAACGCAAGGUCCCAGGUACCGCCGAUGACCUUCGCAAUCUCGCGUUGGAGUGUGCCACGUUCCUCCUCCACCAUAACGCGGAGCCCGACGCGGUAGAUCUGUUGGAGGAGCUCGAGAUCGUGGACAAGAUUGUAGACAUAGUCGACGGCGAUACGUACGAGCGUGUUUGCCAGUAUAUGAUUCGCUGCGUCAACCUCCUCCCGCCACCAGACGAUCUAUCCUUCCUCCGCACGGCCCACAGCAUUUACGCGAAACACCACAAGUUCCCUCAAGCCCUUUCCCUCUCAAUACGCUUAGGCGACCCCGCACUCAUUCGUGCAGACUUCAACGCACCCGGCAAUCCUUCUAUGAAGAAACAGCUUGCUCUGAUCCUCGCACGCGCGCAGGUGCCUAAGGAGUGGCUCGAGGCCCCAUUGGAGGACGGUAUGGACGACGACGAAGUGGAGGAGCUCCCUGAGGAUCUGCUCGACUGCCUGAGCAACACUCGUCUAAGCGCGCAGUUCAAAGAAUUCGGCAAAGAGCUGAACGUCCUGGAGCCGAAGAGCUUGGAGGACGUGUACAAGUCACAUCUAGAGAACACGAGGCAAACGACAACAGUAGAUUCCGCGAAGGGUAACUUGGCCGGCACUUUCGUCAAUGCCUUCGUAAACGCUGGGUUCGGUAACGACAAGCUGAUGGCGAAGGCAGAGGAGGGCAACAGUUGGGUGUACAAGAACAAGGACCACGGCAUGCUCAGCGCUGCCGCUAGUCUUGGCCUUAGCUUGCUCUGGGACACGGAUGAGGGUCUCUCCCAGGUCGACAAGUACACCUACUCAGCAGAGGAGUACAUCAAGGCGGGUGCGCUGCUCGCUACCGGUAUCCUUAACUCGGGCGUGCGCACGGAGGCCGACGCCGCGCUCGCGCUGCUCGGCGAGUACGUCGAGAACAAGUCCGUCCCGCUCAAGACGAGCGCUAUCACCGGUCUUGGUCUCGCAUACGCCGGCUCGCAUCGGGAGGACGUGAUGCAGCUGCUUCUACCCUACGUCGCGGACGACGGUUUGUCGAUGGAGAUUGCGUCUCUCACGUCUCUGGCCCUCGGCUUCAUCUUUGUCGGCAGCGGCAAUGGCGAGAUUGCGAGUACGAUCCUCCAAACGCUCAUGGAACGGGAAGACAAGCAGCUCGACGAGAAGUGGGGGCGCUUUAUGGCCCUCGGGCUUGCCUUGCUGUACCUCGGUCUCCAGGACGGUGCUGACGCGACAAUAGCGACGCUGAAGGCGAUCGAACACCCGGUAUCCCAGCUUGCCGCUGUUCUCGUCGAUAUGUGUUCGUUCGCGGGGUCCGGUAACGUGCUUAAGGUCCAGGAGCUCCUGCGCUAUUGCGACGAGCACAUUGAGAAGACUGAGGCGAAGGAGGACAAAGAUGCCGCACCAGAGGAACCUGCGAAGGAUGACACUUUCCAGGCCUUCGCUGUCAUCGGUAUCGCUCUUGUCGCGAUGGGUGAGGAGAUCGGCGCGGAGAUGUCGCUGCGGCAAUUCAACCACCUCAUGCACUACGGCGAGCCGGUCGUCCGGAGAGCCGUUCCCCUCGCCCUUGGUCUCGUUAGCGCCUCCAACCCACAAUUGCCAAUUAUGGACACGCUCUCGAAGUACAGCCACGACAGCGACCUGCAGGUCGCGCUCAAUGCUAUCUUCGCGAUGGGCCUUAUCGGUGCCGGCACGAACAACGCGCGGUUAGCGCAGAUGCUCCGCCAGCUCGCCGGAUACUACUACAAGGAGCCCGACUGCCUGUUCUUGGUCCGGAUAGCGCAGGGUCUUGUGCACAUGGGCAAGGGCACCCUCACGAUCAACCCCUUCUUCAGUGACCGGACGAUCAUGAGCAGGACAGCCGUGGCUGGUCUCUUGGCGACGCUGACCGCGUUCACCGAGGCGAAAGGCUUCAUACUGGACAAGUACCACUGGAUGCUCUACUUCCUGGUCCCCUCGAUGGCGCCGCGUUUCUUGAUCACGCUCGACGAGGAGCUGAACAACCUGCCCGUGAGCGUGCGCGUGGGCCAGGCGGUGGACGUCGUCGGGCAGGCGGGCAAGCCGCGCACGAUCUCGGGCUUCCAGACGCACACGACGCCCGUGCGGCUCGGGACGACGGAGCGCGCGGAGCUCGCGACGGAGGAGUACAUCCCGUUCGCGCAUGUGCUCGAGGGCUUCGUCAUCCUGCAGAAGAAUCCCGGGUGGGAGCGCGAGGACAAAAUGGACAUCUGAUCAGGCCCGACCGCCGACGCUCUAGCUCUAGUGUAGUACGCUUUCGACCCGCUGUAACUCUAAUUUCUUCAUCUCCUGGUGUGCC